AUGGAGCAGGAAGCCAUCUAUAAUGCGGGAAGAUUUGAUCGAGCCAAAGUUGACCUCACUAAACCUCCAAGGAAUGUUGAGGAAUAUAUGAGGCAAGUGAUUGUCUCAAGAGAACGAUGCGAAGACAUUGCUGUUGCCAAAGAGACUGUUACUGUCAUAAAGACACCAACAAUUGUGAUUCCGCAGCAUGAAGAAGCUGUCUGUUCUUUUGCUCCAAGCAGAGAGUGGGUUCAAUCAAAAGUAAGUUGAAUUCGAUAUUAAUUUUCAGUUUAGGUGGAAAAUUUUACACAUAUGCGGGAAGUCUUCAAUGAACGAAGGGAUAAGUGUACAAACAAAUUGAGCAUCCAGUUGCCUGGUCAAGUAAGUUUAUAUUCUUGGUUAAGCUUUAUAUUAUUUUAGAACGAUGCAAAUAAAUGGGUUGAAUUUUGCUUGAGUCAGCGGUGUCCUGAUAUAAAAAUAUCACCUACGAGUGAAGCACGAUUCUCCCAUCAUAAAGGGACUCCACCGACACUGCACUUCAUGUUACCCUUGCCAGAUCGAUUUGUAAAUUCAUUGAUAUUACACUUGGUGAAAGUAAGUUAAAGUAUUUUGAUCUUUUUUAUUUACUUAGUAUUACAUUGAAAACGGGCAUAGCCAAGCUCUUUCUGAAUGGAUCUUCGCUUUGCUGGUGGCUGUUCGAAAGCCCCUUCUUCAUGAUGUAGUUAGUCAACUACGAGAUUUUACGAGAUAUUUGAAGACAAAACGAGCAGAAUUAACAGAGGAGGAUGACGAAUUAACCAGAGAAUAUACAAUGUUCAUAUCUAUUAUAACCAUUUACUUCGGUCAAAAAGAUCUGGCGGACAAAUAA